GUAUGUUAGUUUCUCAGCAUCAACAGGAUAGUUUCUCAGCAUCAACAGGAUUAACAAUUGCAGGAAAUUACAUCCUUGCCUGGAGCUUCUCUACAAAGGGAAAGGCACCUGCCCUGAAUACAUCUAUGCUGAAGCCUAUUUUACAGAGGAACCCCAAAUCCAACAAUUUGCCACUAAUAGUCGCAGUUAGUACCGGUUUGGGUGGUUUCCUAGUACUCGGGGUUGCAGCAGGAGCAGUAAUGUGGUUUAAAUGAAAGAAACGCAGAGACCCAAUUGAAGAUUGGGAGGUGGAAUAUUGGCCUCAUAGAUUAAGCUACAGAGACUUAGCCAUUGCAACCAAGGGUUUCAGAGAGGAGCAAGUCAUAGGAUGUGGAGGCUUUGGCAAGGUUUACAGAGGAGUUCUUCCUAGUAACGGCCUUGAAGUUGCUGUCAAAUGUCUCCUCCGAGAGAGCAGGGAAGGAGUGAAGGAAUUCGUAGCAGAGAUUUCAAGUCUGGGGCGUUUACAACACCGGAAUCUUGUGCAAAUCAGGGGUUACUGCAGGCGAGGUAAAUGGCUUUUCAUAGUGUAUGAUUACAUGCCCAACGGAAGCUUGGACAAAUUGAUUUUUGAGAAUUCUGGAGGAGUGCUGGGAUGGGCUCAGAGGUACAUGAUUCUACGGGAUGUAUCUGCUGGACUGCUGUAUCUUCACCAAGGAUGGGAACAGAGAGUAGUGCACAGAGACAUCAAGUCCAGCAAUGUUUUGUUGGAUUCGGAGCUUCAUGGAAAAUUGGGGGAUUUUGGGCUUGCUCGUUUGUAUAAGCAUGAUGACAAUUACUUGAGCACUCGUGUGAUGGGAACGCCAGGGUACAUCGCACCAGAAGUAGCACACACCGGAAAGGCCACUCCCGAUUCCGAUGUGUUCAGCUUUGGGGUUUUAAUGUUGGAGGUUGCCUGCGGAAGGCGUCCUGUGACUCCCUUUCCUGAUGCCCCUCAAAUUGGUUUGUUGGACUGGCUGAGAGAGUUGCAGGACAACGAGAAGCAAUUGGAUGCAGCGGAUCCAAAGCUUAAUGGUGAAUACAUUGAGGAUGAAAUGGAGAGAGUGCUCCAUUUGGGAUUGCUCUGUUCCGAUCCUCAACCGAAAGCCAGACCGAACAUGAGGCAAGUGCUGCAAAUUCUUCAAGGGGAAGCAUCCCUCAUUUCACUUUCGCUUGACAUGUGUGAACAAAGUCCAAUGACAGAGAGCUCAGACAAUUACAGUACAUAUGCCUACCGUUCCACUUCCUUGGAGGGACGUUAGGGCUGUAGCCGCGGAUUGGGCGAA